AUGCCCAGCCCCAACGAACUUACCGCGGCGCAGGCGGCGCGCGCCAUCGCCCGCCGCGAACUCACUGCCGUCGAACUCGCGGAGGCGUGUCUCAAUCGCAUUGAGGCGUUGGACGCGCGUCUGCUGGCUUGGGUAUACGUCGAUCGCGAAACGGUGCUCGCCGACGCCCGUCUGGCCGACGCCGCCGUCGCGGAACAGCGGCCGCUGGGCCCGCUGCACGGCGUUCCCAUAGGGGUCAAGGACAUCUAUUACACCGCAGGCAUCCCGACCAGGGCGGGCAGCGAGGUCUACAAGGAUUUCGUGCCCGACUUCGAUGCCACGUCGCUCACGCUGCUCAAGAAGGCCGGAGGGGUCAUGUUGGGCAAAGCCGUGACCACCGAGUUCGCGUGCCUGGAUCCUUCUCCUACCUACAAUCCCUGGAACCCCGCUCACACGCCAGGCGGCAGCAGCAGCGGAUCCGCGGUGGCAGUCGCCUCCCGCAUGUGUCCGGCCGCUUUGGGCUCGCAGACGGUGGGCUCGGUUCUGCGCCCGGCCGCGUACAACGGCGUGGUGGGUUUCAAGCCAACCUUCGGCCGCGUCAGCCGGCAUGGGGUGGUGCCGGUGAGCUGGAACCUGGACACCGUCGGCUGGCUGGUGCGUACCGUGGAAGACGCCGCGCUACUGCUGCAGGUAAUGGCCGGCCCGGAUGUGGCCGAUCCCGUAUCCUCCAGGGAACCGGUGGGCAACUAUCUGUCCGCCAUCGUUGAGCCGCCGGCUCCGCGCAUCGGGCUGUUGCGCCGCUACUUUUACGAGGGUGCGGAUACCGAAAGCCGCCGGCACCUGGACGCGGUGGCCGAACAGCUGGCGGAGGCCGGAGCGGAGAUCGAGGAGAUACCACUGGCGGAGAGCAUCGAAUCGGCUUUCGCGGACCAGCGGCUGAUCAUGUCGGUGGAGGCGGCGGCCUUCCACGAGCCGAUGUACCGGAGACAGGCCGAGGACUACCAGCCCAAGCUGCGGACCAUGUUGGCCGAAGGCCUGGAAGUGGACGGGAUUGACUAUUCCCGCGCCCUGGAACGCCGGCGGCAAUUCACCACGGAUAUGGAGGAGGCAGCCCGGCGCUGCGACGUGCUGCUCACGCCGGCCGCGCCAUCGCCUCCGCAGGCUGACCGCACCAACACGGGAGACCCAGCAUUCCAGGGCCCGUGGACCUCGUGCGGCUUCCCGGCCAUCGCACUGCCGUCGGGGUUGGCCGAAUCGGGAGUGCCAUUGGGCGUCCAACUGGUGGCGUCUCCUUUUGCGGAAGCGCGGCUCUUGUCCGCCGCCGCAUGGUGCGAGGGAGCGCUGGGGGUAUCGCUGAACCCGCCGCUGUAA